AUGAGGAGGGUGGGCAAGGCCCGGGUUGUUGCCCAACUCGUGCUCGCGACUGCUGGCGCGUUGGCCGCACAACGAGGAUAUCCCCGAGACGCCCCUCCCUCGCUUAGAUUGGAGAUCCACCGUGAACUUUCAGCAUCUGCAAAUCAACCGGAGUUCAUUCAGGGUAGACCAGACACCGACCAGGCGCACGGUUACAGUUCCAAUGAAAGUGCCGCGCACACGGCCUCUGGUGAUGGGCUACACGAGGCGACGGUGGGAAUAUCGGCGUCCUUCACGAUCCAGUUGGUCGGAGACAAUCUCGGCGGGAGCGGCGGGAGCUCCCUGCCUAAUUGGGAACCGAACAGCAGCAGCAGGUUCAUUUACGUGUGGAUUUCCAAUGAGGAUCAGAUCUUGAUCGCGGAGAUAGUUGGCGACGGCAACACUGGCACUCUCACCGCCACGUACAAGAGCGAUUUCCCCGGGGACUAUCUGGUGUACGUCGAGGAAGUCCAACCGUCCGAACAGGGUGAGGGUCUUCCUAUCGUGGGAAGCCCCUUCUCUCUCAAGAUUGCAGGCGAUUUUCCAACGCUGGACGUAAACUCCCUACCAGUUUGUGACUCCCAAGAAGAUGGCAGCAACGAUAUCGCGGAUACGUUUUGGAGGCCCGGGACAUGGCUAUCCUCGAACGUGGCCAGUGCUGCGCACGGAGUGAUGAGAAAUGGGUGGGUGUUUCAGCCCAAGUCUUGUGUUUUCGACACCUUUUCUUAUCAAGAUCUCAUGCUCCUGGCCAGCCUCGACGGUGAGCCGACGUGGCUUGUGGUCGUGGGUGGAUCGGUCCAAAGAGGAGUGUUUCUUACGCUUGUGGACAUGGUGCUAGCGGCAGGACAAAAGGACGACAUCGCGACAAGUACCCUUGGGAAGUGCUGGGGAUACACCGACCUCCUGGUUGGGAACCUCCGCCUGACGUACCAGGACGUAUACUGGUACGAAGGGAAUCCAACGAUGGCCGCUCUCGAAGACGUCAGCAUAGCGUUCACCGGCGGACGGGCUUCCAGGCGGCCGCCAUUCGACGGUAGUGCACUCUCGAAAAUGGACGGGUAUCAAGCCCGAGACUCCCGCGUAUCGUUCAUGAGCGCAUUCCCUAUGUACCAGGCGAAAUUCUUCGAGAACGAAGGAUCGAAACAAGGCACUCGACGUUACGGAGGAAAUAUUCACUAUCACUACAUCUCCUCAGCAGCGUCCAACCCCGAAGCGCACAACGGGUCCAUCAUGGUUCAUUCGACGAUGACAGAGAUGCUGGCUAACGUCAUGAUCGGCCGGGCCGUGGAAACAAAGGCGGCACUAUUUGCGAAGGCUGCAGCAUCAACGGACGUGAAUAAACAAGAGAGGGCUGAUGUUGGGAAAUCGUUCCAGGUGUGCUCGGACUGCCCUCGAGAUCUGAUGCCGUUCCACGUCAAACCAAUCCCCGACCCUAUUUGCGAGACCGCCGAGUCCCUGCGUGGCGAUGCACAAGUCGGCGAGGUGUGGAAUGGAGAGCUGUGCCCCGAUUGGUGCAUGAAGCAGGCGCCUGUCUCUCAAUUAGCGACUCAAUCAGGUCCCGUCGACGUCCGAGAGUGUAGCCUCAAGACUGACCAGCCGUGAUUAUAUAGACGUAUUACGUGGGGAAAAAAAGUGGUGGUAUGCAGAGUGCUCGUUUCAUCUCAUCGUACGGAACACGAACCGGCCAAAGAGAACCGGUCGACAUUACUGUAAUGUUUUGUUGGAAUGGAGAUGCAAACCAAACGCGUAGUCCAGUUGUCGAAGGGUGUGCUCCGACGUUCCUGGGAUCGGGUCAAUUGGGACGUUGGCGAUAUGUUCGUAUCUCUCCCCGACAGUCGUCUCGAACGUAGGUGAAGUACGACACUCGCUUGCUUCUGUGUUGCCUAGAACGUGAGCAUUGGGUUUCAUGCAUAUCAGCACCCAUGCUGUGUUUGAGUAAAAAGAGGUUACUCCCUAUGCCCAACCGCAGAUUGACAGAUGGUGGCGGCCUACGAUCGUUCAGGCAAGCAUCUUCUCCGCCUCACUCUUCUUCUUGGGCCCUAUUCCGACCUUCUUCUAUACACUCCGGGGUCCAGCGGACAAUCGAGAGGCCACGAUGAUAAUGCUACCCAACCAAUUUUGGCGCAGGCAAAGACUGCCCCCUACAUUCAACGAACAAGACAUCCCGCGUCUGGAAAAUUCCGCUCUCUUGUCACGAAACCAGCGAUACCGAGCCCCCCACGAGCGCGAGAGGAUCGAUCGAGCCCAAUAUGAAUACCAAUACUAUGAAUACCACGCUAGUUUCAUAGUUGUGAACCCUGGCCGUACGUGCGGGUUAUAGUCGGUGGCCGAGAGGGUGAUCCUGCUAUUCCAAACACGUGGUUUAUGUGUGUCGCGUUGUUUGAUGCUAUACACCACACCGCAAACCUUCCAAACACGAACUCCCUCAAGAACAAGCACCCAUGUCUCAAAAGGAUGACACCAUGAAACGAUCGGCUUCACGACGUCUUGCCUCUGGAAAACCGAUCGAAAUUCUUGCUUUUGCAACAAGAUCCACCCCAAUUCAGGCUACGUGAGACGGCAAAUAAUAGAUUUGACACCAAGAAUAUUCACGAGCGUGGAUCAGAUCAUCGUGAACAACAUGAAGCAUUUACAUACAAUCAAGGUGUGCAAGCAUAAAUCACAACAGCGGUGUCA